AUGACAUCGUUGGCCGAGGAGGAGCACGCCUACUUCUCUACCAACCCGCCCCCGCGGCAUUUGGAAGCGCACCUCGCGCAGGCCAGAGAGUUCAUUGAUGCCCACGCUGCGUCGGACCGACGUGUGGUGCUGGUGACGUCGGGUGGCACGACGGUGCCGCUGGAGAAGCAGACGGUGCGCUUCAUCGACAACUUCAGCGCCGGCACACGCGGCGCCACGAGCGCAGAGUACUUCCUCUCGGCGGGCUACGCCGUCAUCUUUCUGCAUCGCGAGUUCAGCCUGGUCCCCUACGCGCGGCACUUCUCCCACGCCACGACCGGCGGUUUCCUCGACUUCCUCGAGGAAGACGGCCAGGGGGGCGUGCGGCCCCGCUCCGACGUCGCCGCCAACAUGUCCGACGUGCUCCGGUCUUACCGCCGUACCCGCAGCGAAAAGUUGCUCCUCACCAUCCCCUUCGUCACCAUCGGUGACUAUCUGCACGAGCUGCGGGCUCUAUCGCGCCUCAUGGCGCCCCUCGGUCCCAGGAGCCUGCUGUACCUCGCCGCCGCCGUUUCCGACUUCUUCGUGCCCCCCGACCGCAUGUCCGAGCACAAGAUCCAAUCGACCAACGCGGCCGAGAACACAAGCAUCGCCGCCGCCACCGCUACUGCCGGUUCUUCCUCCAAGGACGAGGAGGAAUUUGACAACUUUGACGGCGCUCCGACUGUGCCCCGCUCCAAACGGCUCGUCAUCGACCUCGACCCUGUACCCAAGUUCCUCAAGAACCUCGUCGAUGGCUGGGCACCCCAGGGUAUGAUAACCUCGUACAAGCUCGAGACGGACCCGUCCAUCCUCGUCCACAAGGCCCGCACCAGUCUAGCUCGCUACCAGCACCACCUAGUCAUUGGCAACCUACUGCCUACUCGCAAGUGGGAGGUGGUCUUUGUCAGUCCCGGCCGCAAAGACCGCUGGCUACGCGUCCCCAGCAAGAGCGGCGACUGGAGCGAUGAGGACGUCCGUCGCCUCCACGAGGGUCACAUUCCCUCCGGUGAACCUCUCAUGGAGCUCGAGUCCCUCAUCAUUCCCGCCGUCAAGGAGCUGCAUGACCAGCACAUACAGAACCAGGGAGGCCAGUAA